AUGUGUUCAUACAGCACACAUCGCCGUGGCAACUACAAUGUUCAUAUGCGGAAACAUACUGGAGAGAAGCCUUUUAGUUGCACCAAUUGCUCUCAAACAUUUACUCAAAAAAUUUCUCUGCAAAGACACAUAAUGAAAGCUAUAUGUACACAGAAACGUAACAAGAAAAAGAAAAUUGUUGUAGUUAAAUUUCUCAUGAGACUACAGGACAAGACGGUACUCCCAGCUACAUUUAAGUGCACCUAUUGUGCUUAUAAAACUUGGAACAAGAGCAACAUGAAAGUUCAUCUAAGAACGCACAGUGGUGAAAAGCCUUUUAAAUGUCCAAGUUGCUCUAAAUGUUUCACACAGAAAAUAAGCCUUCAAAGACACAUGAGAUUUUCUUGUGUUGUUCAGUUACCAAAACAAUAG